AUGUGGAUGUCACUGGGUGUGGCGUCGCUGAAGAAAAAGAUGAAUGAUUCAUCACAUGUUGGUCCAUCUAGCGCUGGAUCGGCAGGGAGGGAGUUUGCCCUGACAUUCAUGCAGAAUUAUGUACAAAAACAGAAAGAGGACAGGCCUGUUCAACGCAAUCAACUAUACAUUGUCGCUGUACAGGACAAUGCUAAAGUGACAGUGCAAGUGCCUCCCUUACACUUCAAGCAAGAGAAAACUCUAAGGGUUGGAGAAAGGGUCACCAUCAGCCUCCCUCCUGGUGCUGAGAUAUAUGGCUGCCGAAAGUCUCCCAACACGGUGCGCAUCGUCGCCUCAGCAGAUGUGACUGUAACCUCCUUCAGCUACAAGCUGCACACUGCGGACACCUCUGUGGUGUAUCCCACCACUGAAUGGGGCACAGAAUAUUUUAUCUUCACACCGACUGCUGGCUCCUAUAAAGAGUUCUCUGUGACAAAUGGAAAAGAGAGGAACAAAGUGAUGAUUUUCCCGAAAGGCCCAAUCAGGUUCCAGGGUUUUCUUUAUCACCGUAACAGCCGAAUUGUAAUGGAUCUUCAGCCGUAUGAGAGCGUCCAGCUCCAGAGCGCAUCGGGACUUUCUGGCACCAGAGUUGCCUCCCAGCACCCUGUUGCUGUUGUCACGGGUCACACCUGCACCUGGCGGUUCUCAAAAUGUAAUCAUGUUUAUGAGCAGCUGCUUCCAGUUAGCAAGUGGGGAUCCAGCUUCAUUGUGCCCCCUGUUAACUUCCAGAAUUCCGAUGACAGUGUCUUCCUCCAAGCCUCCCAGCUCACCCGAGCCAUUGUCCAGAGUGGCAACCAUAAAACUGUUCUAAGUUUGAGCAGGGGGGAGAUGAGGGAGAUCCGCUACCGCAGUCCUGUUACACUGUCCAUCCAGGCCGAUCAUGGCAUCCAGGUCCUCAUGUUCUUCAACGGUGUCAAGUGGGGAUGGUGGAAAUGCUACCCUUUUUUGAUGACCAUCAUGCCCACAGACCGCUUCUGCUCCUCUUACUCGCUAGAGGCUCUGGAGGGAUUUGAAAACCAAGCCCUGAUUGUGGCACAGACCAGUGUGAUGGCAGAGCUCCGCAUCGAUGGAACAAAACUGCCACGUAAUGUCCAGUGGAGGAAGGUUGCAGAGACAGAUUUCUCCUGGGUACAGAUGCCUUACAAACAAGCCGCUGGCAGCAGAAGACGCAUUCUCUCCAGCUCUGGUUCCCGCUUUGCUCUCUACAAUAUCGGUGUCAGCCAGAUGAGUGGUUAUGGUUUCCCAGGACAAUGUAUGCAGCCAGGAGGUGGGUCUUUGUCCUGCAGUAGUAUCACCUGUAGUGCCAAUGAGGCUUGUGAAAUGCAGGGUGGGUAUCCCACCUGUGUCCCCAAACCUGCGACCUGCUGGGCCAUGGGAGAUCCCCACUACCGUACCUUUGACGGACAAUACUAUGACUUCAUGGGUACCUGCACAUACGUCAUUGCUAAAAACUGUAAAAAGGAUAACAAUCUCCAAGACUUUGAGGUCCUUGCCCAGAAUGAGAACAGAGGAAGCCUCAGGGUGUCAUAUGUUGCUCUGGUCACAGUGAAGGUGUAUGACUUCACCAUCACAGUAGCUCGGUCUGAGACAGGUCAUGUGAGGAUUGACAACAGUCUGUGGAGUUUGCCAGUUGCUUUGAACAGCAAGAAGCUGGUUAUGUUUCAGAGCGGUCGUUUUGUGGUCAUUGAGACCGAUUUUGGUCUGACUGUCCGUUAUGACUGGGAACACUAUCUUGUGGUCGCUCUGCAUGGUCGUCAUGCUGGUAAGACUUGCGGUCUGUGUGGAAACUUCAACGGUAACCCCAAAGAUGAUUUCACCACACCCUCUGGCAUCCAGGCAGGUGGGGCUGUGGCCUUUGCGAGCACCUGGAAGGUGCCAGGGCUGGUGAAAGAUGCUCUUUGCAGGGAUGACUGUGUGGGUGGAUGUGAGCACUGUGAAAACAGUCUGAUGAAGUUCUGGGAGGGUGGCAUGUCAUGUGGGCUCAUUACACUCGUAAUAAAUGGGCCAUUUCAGAAUUGUCAUGCCGUCAUCGACCCACUACCACACCUGGAGAACUGUAAAUAUGACAUAUGCAUGGGAGGUGGCCAUCGACAUUUCCUCUGCAAGGCACUGGAGGCUUACGCUGAAGCCUGUCAGAUUGCUGGGGUCCAGGUCCAAGAAUGGAGGAAGCUCGCACGAUGCCCUGCAAAAUGUCCAGCCAACAGCCACUAUGAGCUCUGUGGCAAUGCCUGCCCUGCUACUUGUUCAGACCCUAAUGCUCCCUCCAAAUGCAAACUCCACUGUGUGCAGACCUGCACCUGUAACACAGGCUUUGUUUUGAGCGGGAGUCAGUGUGUGCCCACUGAUAGGUGUGGCUGCACCUACAAGGGCCGAUACAUCCCUGCCGGGGAGUCAUUCUGGGCUGACCAGGGCUGUCGGCGACGGUGUAAAUGCUUAGCAAGCAGCAGACGUGUAGAGUGCCAAGAUAAAGGCUGUGGCGCAGGGCAGCAGUGCCGGGUGGUUGAGGGCAUAAGGAAGUGCCAAGCAAUCUCCCAUAGCACCUGUCAGGCCACAGGUGACCCCCAUUACGUGACUUUUGACAAGAAGAAGUUUGACUUCCAGGGCACAUGUGUGUACCAACUGGUUGCACUCUGCUCCAAGAACCCGGAGCUUGUGUGGUUCGAAGUGCUGGUGCAGAAUGAUAACCAGCGUAAGAAGGCGGUUUCCUUCACCUCGUUAGUAGAGAUCAGGGUGAACUCCUACAGCAUUGUCAUUUCAAAGGCCCACAAGGGCAUGAUUAUGGUGAAUAAUGAGCUGGUCGACCUGCCGUUCAUCCCAAAAGGAGGACAGAUAUCUGUGUAUAAGAGUGGUUGGUACGCUGUGGUCACCACGACCUUUGGCCUCAGAGUCUCCUUCAACUGGGAAAGCGCUGUGUUUGUAACACUGCCAAGCAACUACAUGGGAGCCGUUUGCGGCCUGUGUGGCAACUACGACGGCAAACCCCAGAAUGACCUGACUCCAAGGAAUGGUGGCAAACCUGUCUCACCAACAGAUUUUGGUGCCAGCUGGCGAGUGGCUGAGAUCCCAGGCUGUGUCGAUGGUUGUGAAGGGGCCUGUCCUGAAUGUGACGCUACCCAGAAGGUUCAAUAUGAAAAAGGAGAUUUCUGCGGUAUGUUGACAGACCCCAAAGGGCCGUUCCGUGACUGCCAGGCCAAGGUGGACCCAGCUGGCUACUUUGAAAACUGUGUUCAGGACGUAUGCCUCCAUAAAGGCGGAAAGGAUGUGCUGUGUCAGGCCAUCACGUCGUACACAUCUGCUUGCCAGGCUGCACGGGUCAAGGUGUACAGCUGGAGAACCAGUCAUUUCUGUGCGGUGAAAUGUCCAGUCCACAGCCAUCAUGACGUUUGUGCAGCUUCCUGUCCCGCCUCGUGCAUGAGCCUCGCCCCUCCUGACGGUUGCCAAGCUCAGUGUGAGGAGGGCUGUCCCUGUGAUGAGGGUUACAUCCUCAGCGGAAGUCGUUGUGUUCCCUUCUCACAGUGUGGGUGCCUCUACAAAGAUCGCUACUACCGCAUCGGCCAAGUGUUUUAUCCCGAUGGGCAGUGUCAGAAGGAAUGCAAUUGCACACAAGAUGGAGAGGUUAAGUGCAGGAAGUUCACAUGCGGCCCCAAUGAGAAGUGUAAAAUAGAGAAUGGCAUGCAAAAAUGUCACCCUGUUGGCAAGAGUGUGUGCCAUGCCUUUGGUGGUCCCCAUUACUGGACUUUUGAUGGCCGAACAUUUGAUUUCCAGGGUACAUGCACCUACGUACUCGCCAGGAGCUGUGGGCUGGACGACACCCACCUGGUGGACUUUUCUGUUGAGGUGGAGAACAGGCCAUCGAAAAAGAGGAUGAAUACAGUGGCAUCUGCCACCAAGCUGGUUGCUGUGAAAGUCCAGGACUUCACUCUCAUCCUCAGGAACAACAUGUUUGGAGUCCUGGUAAAUGGAGAAUUUAACUACCUUCCAGUGAGUCUUGAUGAUGGAGCAGUGCAGGCCUAUCAAGAGGGCACGCAUUAUGUUAUUGCAACAAAUUUUGGGCUGGUUGUCACUUAUGAUCUGGUCUAUCACGUGACAGUCUCAGUACCAGGUAAUUACUAUGGUAAGGUCUGUGGGCUGUGUGGCAACUACAACGAGGACCACCAAGAUGACUUCCAAAUGUCCAACCGUCAGCUCACCAACGACGUGAAUGUGUUUGGAAAGUCGUGGACGGUCAGCAGCCCUGAUGUGGCCUGUGAAAACAGCUGUGAUGGGAAUGGCUGUCCUAACUGUAGCCCAGCUCUCACGGCUGUGCUUUCAACGUUCAACUACUGUGGUAUUCUUACAGCGCCCGGAGGUCCUUUUGCAGCCUGCAAUAGUAAACUGAACCCACAGUCAUACUUUGAUAACUGUGUUUUUGAUGUGUGCGCUUCCAAUGGCGACGAAAAGGUGCUGUGUAACAGCAUAGCAGCCUAUGCUUUCAGCUGUCACAUGGCAGGAGUGGACGUCAAAAAGUGGAGGACGACUUCAUUCUGUCCCAUGAAAUGUCCAGCCAACAGUCACUAUGAGGAGUGUGCAGACCCCUGCUCUGCAUCCUGCCAGGGCCUCACAGAGAUAGUCCGAUGCUCCACCAGCUGCACAGAGGGCUGUGAAUGUGAUGACGGCUUCUUCUUCAAUGGCCAUACGUGUGUUCGAGAGGGAGAGUGUGGCUGCCAUGACAAUGGAAAAACUUACAAGCCUGGCGACGUAGUCUAUGAGAAAGACUGUACUACAAAAUGCACCUGUAAUCCAGCGACAGGCCUUGUCUGUGAGAAGCAUUACUGCCCUCGAAGCACCACAUGCAUGGUCAGGAGACGAAUCAGGGCAUGCUACUACAGAGAUCCCUGCAAAAAUUCCAAGUGUCGGGUCAUGGAGAAGUGCCGUGUUCGGAAAGGUGAAGCUGUGUGCAUCCCGAAGUACACGGGCACCUGCCGGGCCUGGGGUGACUCGCACUACCAGACAUUUGAUGGUUACGACUAUGAUUUCCAGGGCACCUGCAAAUAUGUUCUCUCCAAGACCUGUGGGAAUCUGGAUGGUCUGGAGCCAUUCUCGGUCACUGAGAGGAAUGAUAACAGGGGAUUUAGAGCAGUUUCAUACGUCAGGGAGGUAGAUUUGUCUGUAUAUGGCUACAACAUCACCAUCCGCAAGCACCAAGUUGGUCGGGUCACGGUGGACGGGGAGCUGUUGAAUCUUCCUGUGCGACUGGGUGAGGGUGAGGUGUUGGUGCUUCAGCGUGGUCACACAGCAGUGGUGGAGACAGACUUUGGCCUGGUUGUCUCCUACGACUGGAACUGGGAGCUGGUCAUCAACCUGCCCAGCAGCUACUACAGCAGUGUCUGUGGCCUGUGUGGCAACUUCAACAGCAACCAACGUGAUGAGCUCCAGGAUCCAGCCGGCAAAGCUGUCUCCUCCAUGAUGGAGUGGGGCAAGAGCUGGAAAACACCUGACCAGGACAAAGACUGUCCUUGCUGGGACACAUGUGAGAAAAACUGUCCUACCUGUGACAGCAGCCAGCUUAAGCUCUAUAAGACCAACGCUUUCUGCUGGGCUCUCGCAUCCAGGACCAAUGGUGUGUUCAAGACAUGUCAUAGAAAAUUGGACCCCUGGGCCUUCGUGUCCAGCUGUGUGAAUGAUAUGUGUUUUACGAAGGGAGACAAAAAGAUGCUGUGCCAGGCCUUGGCCUCCUACAGUAGGCAAUGUCGUGAAGAAGGAAUAAUAAUCAAGGGCUGGAGGAGCAGGUUUGGCUGCCCAAUGAACUGUCAGCGUCACAGCCACUACGAGAACUGUCCCAGCUCACCCCAGCCAUCCUGCCCGUUCACUCAGCAAAACCAAACCUCCAACACAGCCUGCAUGGAGACCUGUGUGUGUGAUAAGGGUUACAUCCUCAGCGCUGGUGUCUGCGUUCCUGCUAAAACAUGUGGUUGCUCCUAUCAGGGCCGCUACUACAAGCCGGGCCAGCAUUUUUGGGCCGAUGAGGCUUGCGGUCGCCUAUGUGAGUGUAAUACGGCCCUCGGUAUGGUGAUAUGCCACAAGGCGUCUUGCUCUGCCAAAGAGAAGUGCACCGUAGUGGAUGGCGAGCGUACCUGUCGACCCAUCAGUCACGCCACAUGCUCCGCCUCAGGUAACGCACACUACCAGACCUUCGAUGGCCAUAGGUAUGACUUCCAGGGCACAUGUGUAUAUCAGCUGGUGGGACUAUGCUCUCAGCAGCCCGGGCUUCAGCCUUUCAAGGUGACUGUGCAGAAUGAAAACCGGAGAAGCAGGGCCGUGUCCUACGCAAGCGCUGUCACGUUUUCCAUAUAUAACAUCACCCUCACUAUCAGCAGAGAAUACCCCUAUAUGAUUCUGCUCAACGGGCAGCUUGCUUUGUUACCGCUGGAUUACAAUAACGAGCUGGCUGUGUUUCUCAGCGGCUGGACAGCUGUAGUAAAAACAGUUGCUGGUAUCACCCUGACCUUUGACUGGCGGAGUACAGUGAGCGUUACUCUGCCCAGCAACUACCAGGGCGCAGUCUGCGGUCUGUGUGGCAACUACAAUGGAAAAGCUUGGGAUGACCUGACCACGCCGACUGGCCAGACCGCCAGUGACGGAGCCAAGCUGGGGGAGAGCUGGCAGGUAGCCCUCGUACCAGGCUGUUCAUCAGUCUGCCAGGGGCCAUGGUGCCAGGCCUGUUCAGACUCCCAGAGGAAAAAGUACCAAACCCGGAAGUACUGCGGUAUUAUCGCUGACAGGGCAGGGCCUUUCAGAAAUUGUCAAAAGCAUGUAGACCCGACUCCGUACCUGGAGAACUGUGUGUACGACGCCUGCCGUUAUUAUGGCCACCAGAGACCCGUCUGUGAUGCUGUGGGAGCCUAUGUCUCUGCCUGUCAGAGUCGAGGAAUCGUCAUCCAGUCCUGGAGAAGAGAUAACUUCUGCCCAAUGGUGUGUCCAGCUAACAGCCAUUACACCCUGUGUGCUGCGGGCUGCCCAGCCACCUGUGCCAGCUUAGCAUUCCUUGCCACCUGCCAUAGGCCCUGUAGAGAAGCCUGCGAGUGUGACGAGGGCUACCUGCUGAGCGGGGAUACCUGUGUGCCUGUGAGAGACUGCGGCUGCUCUUAUGAUGGUCACUACUACAAGACAGGAGACGUCUUCUACCCUGAAGACAAGUGUGUGGAGAAAUGCACCUGCGGAGAGAAUGGUGCAGUGUCUUGCCAAAAGUCUGAGUGUCAUCCAGGGGAGACCUGUAAACUUGUAAACGGAGUGAAAGGCUGCCACCCUAAGAGUCACGACAAGUGCGUCACUUCUGGUGACCCUCAUUACAUUUCCUUUGAUGGAAGGAGGUUUGAGUUCCAGGGUACCUGUGUCUAUGUAUUGGCCAAGGUUUGCCAUAACGUUAAAGGCAAAGGCCAUCUGACACCAUUCAAUGUAACUCAGGGGAAUGAGAAGUAUGGAAAUGGAAAAAUGGCUGUUACCAGGUCGGUUGCAGUGGCAGUCUAUGGUUUUGUCAUUUAUAUCCAGCAGGGAAUGCCAUGGAAAGUCACUGUGGAUGAUGAGCUUCUAAACCUUCCUCUCUCCCUGAACAAUGGCCGUCUAAGAGUCACCCAGGAAGGACGCAACAUAAUUAUCCGCACAGACUUUGGGCUGACAGUCCUGUACGACACGGUCUAUUAUGUUGAGGUGAUCGUGCCUUCUACAUACAAGAAUAAGAUGUGUGGUCUUUGCGGCAACUACAACGAGGAGCCUGGCGAUGACUUCAGACUUCCCUGUGGCAGAAAAACAAACAGCGUCGAAGAAUUUGGGAAGGCGUGGGUGGUGGACCUGCCAAGGCAUGUGUGUGGGGGCUGCGGAGGCCAGUGUCCAGUAUGUGAGCAGGCCAAGGCUGCCUUAUACAGAAAACCAGACUCCUGUGGCAUCAUAAGUGCACCUAAUGGACCUUUCAAAGCCUGCCACAGAAUAAUUGACCCCGAAGUAUAUAUGUCUCAUUGCAUAUUUGAUGUUUGUGCAGUGGGUGGCAACAAAGACACUCUUUGUAACAGUGUCCAGGCCUACGCUUUGGCCUGCCAGAGCGCAGGAGUGCAAAUACAGCCAUGGAGGCGCAGCUCCUUCUGCCCUGCUUCCUGCCCUCUAAACAGUCACUAUGAGGUGUGUGCCAACACCUGUGGUGGAACCUGUGCUAGCUUUAUGUACCCAAUUACUUGUUCUGAAAGCUGUUUUGAAGGAUGCCAGUGCGAUGCCGGCUUUGCUUUUGAUGGCCUCCGAUGUGUUCCCUUGGAUAACUGUGGGUGUGUGCACGCUGGCAGAUAUCUGACGGUGGGCCAAGCAGUGGUGGACAAAGACUGCACGUCCAAGUGUGUGUGCCAGGCCUCUGGGCUGGUCAAGUGUGAAAAGCUGUCCUGUGCCAGUGAAAAGGUCUGUGGCAUAAGAGACGGGGUCAGAGGUUGCCAUGCCAAACGGGGCCACUGCAGCGUCAGCCACACUGGCUACUUCACCGCCUUCGAUGGCAUGUCUGGGGCAAUAGGCGCUUCAGGGGCAUUCGAAAUGGCGUCUCUGUGUGACGAAACCGCCCGGCUGUGGUUCCGUGUGGUCGUGGACGUCAGGGUCUGCAGCAAACGCGCAACUCCCACCGCCGCCGCUGUGUACGUGUUCUUUAACGAAACCACCAUUGCAGUGAACAGCAAGCAUGAGACCUGGGUAAAUGGCAGGAAAGUGUCUCUUCCCAUCAAAGUGUUGAGCGAUCUGUCUGUCCAAAUCUCAGAGAGGACUGUGAUCAUCGAGAGGGCGUCUGUUGUGUGGGUCACCUACUCACUUUCACAGGAGGUGACCGUCAUUACUGGCAGCUGCCUGUCUGGCAAAAUGUGCAGCGCCUGCGGCAACUACAACAACAACUCCAGAGAUGAUAUGAAGACUGCAGAUGGGAAAAUCACGACUGAUGUGUCUGUGAUGGUUGCCUCCUGGAGUGCUGGGGACUUUUCUAGGUGCGGGCUGUAGGGGUGUUGGCUCGGCAGCGACAGAAAUCAUGUAGCACACAGGAUGAAGAGGAACAUGAAGUCUUUCGGCUGAAUGUGCUUGUUUACUCAUCACACUUCAGCACUUCCUCUUGAUUCAUUAAACGCUUUUGGUUCUUUCCUGGCGGUCUGGUCCUCUAUUGUUCACCUUGAAGUGGUAGCUCAUUCUUGACCAACAUCGCCAUCUAGUGGAGGAGGAAACUGUAGCACCUCCUUCCCCCCAGAACAGUCGGGUAACUUCACCGCAUCUGUUCUAUUAUAGUUGCCCAGUUUCAGAAAUGUGUGUUUUACAAAGUUUGUACUCCUUACUGCUCUUACCAAUAAAUAC